UUAUAACAUAUUUAUUAUACAUGUGUACAUUAACUUGUAAUGAAUAUUAUUUUCAGUGAUUUAAGGUUUUCAUAAUAUUAAUUCAACACAAUGCCUGAAUGUAUAAAAUUUACUUUGUGACAGCUGAAAACAUUUAUUUAUCAUGAAAAUAAGAUAUUUCCACCCAACCUUUUUGUAAGAUUAUGAUAACAACCAUAUGAUUUCCCUAUCUAAUCAAUCAAUGUAAAUUAUACAUAAUAUACUCAUUUACCUCAAAAAUAUGGGUGUGGUGGAAAUGACAAGGUGUGGUGGAAAUGACAUCUAUGUAAAAAAAAAUUAUGUAAACAAUAUUUUAUUGCAAACAUUUUGAACAACAACUAUUGUUAAACAUUUAAUUAAUUUAAGACAAAGUAAGAUUCCAAAAGCAGUCAGUUGGGCAGAGCUCAAGGAAUUAGGCUAGUGUUUUUGAGAGAGGGGCCCAGAUUGCAGAGGGGUCAUACAUAUAGAAGAGCUCAAUGAGCAAAGUGAAACUGUAUCAUUUGUGGAAUGUCCAACACAGGUGUGGAGGGUCACCUGCUUGUGAGAAUCACCAAAGUGAACUGCCUGGAUUUCACUGGUGUAUUUACACAAGUAGUUCUCUGCAAAGUCAAUAUACAUAUGAUCUCCUCUUUCCGCAGGUUCUCUUUUAAUUCCCUUAGUUUGGUGUAUUGAUGUCGCAUGUUGUACACGUGUUUCCCCAACUUCUCUUUCAUCCUUUGGAGAAAUCCUCCAGUAGAAUCUACAGUGUGCCACACACUUUUUCUUUUACUGUCAAAUGUGCAGUGAACUUCUCCAUGUUUCCCUCUUUGUUUUUCCAUCUCUCUCUUCAGCUUUGUUUUUCUGCUCACCAACAUCAAAGUCAGAUGUUAUAAGCUUUUAUGCAUGGCAAAGGGAGCAGUCUGUUUACACGAACGCUUUGUUCAGGUUCGCACUGCACAAAGACUCAAUAAGGUUCUCAAUGUUGCUGCAGCUGAUCACUGUGAUACUGAGGUUGUCCGCCAUGAACUGGAGAUUGGCAUGUGUCCCUAUCUUUGACUGUUGGCUUGACAACUCAAAAAGGACGUAUUUUGCAGAAUUCUUAGUUGGACAUUUUAAUCUCUGAAUAUUCCCUCUUAAACUUCUGAUAAAGGUUCUGAAUUGUGUCACUCAAGAAGAGCUUCUGCUUUUUCUUCUUGUUCCUUGUUAGUGUGUCCUUUUCCCCUGUUGUUGCUCUACUGUUGACAUCACGUUCAUAGAAUCUAGUGAUUUUCUCUUCAGUGGCUGUGCUAAUUAUGUUACACUGCUUUUUCCUGGAAUUUUGAAGACUUGUUGGCCUGUUUUCAUUUGCUCUUUAAACCAGGCCACACUUUCUCAGGAUGUUGCCUCUGAGCAUUUUUGUAGCCACUUGUUUGUCAAUGGCACUGUGCAUUUUUUUUAAAUAUAGUUUUGCUUUACCUCUGCAAUGAUGGCAUUUUGAAACAAUAAAAUCCUUCCUGAGUUCUUCGGAGUUCCCUUCAUUUGCUGUUUUGUCUUUUUGGGGAAUCGUGUCUCUUUUUUUCUAUGUCUGUGCUGUUUUAUGUGGCAUCUUCUAAAACAAAAAUACUACUUAGGUUUUCAACUUGUGCACACAUUGGAGCAUUUUCUAGAUUAAAUUAAUUUAAAACAUUAAAUAAGCCUAAAGUAAAAAAUAACAUUAUGGAUUUUUGUCAUUUCCGUAAUUUACAGCAGUUAAGUUUGUGAUGGAAAUUACAGACUUCUUAGCAUGCUUUGGCUAGUAUUAGAGCUGGCAUAGAGUUUACACUAAAUAAAUAAAUGCACUUUUUCCCAAAAAAUUAUACCACCAAUUAAAUAAAUUAUAGCCUGUUUGGAAAUGAAAAUAUUCUCUACACAAGCAAUAUUUACCUCGAUUUUUCUAAAACUUCUGGACAUCACAUCUGGAACAACUGUCUGGACAUGUGUUUCAAUGUUGCAAUAAGUUUCCUUGGUAACUAAAUUAACAUUCUCUUGACAUAACUUUAUUAAUGAGGAAUUUGCCCUCAGUAGUGAAAAUGACACCACUACCAAAGGACAGGUAUAUUUUGUGUAAAUAACAAUAUAAAAGGCAUACUCACAAUACAUAUUGAUAUACAUUUGAUUUAAUUGACUAUUUCUUUAGUAGAUAACAUUAUAUAAUGUGUAAUUAUUCACGUUUUCUUAUAGAAAAACAUAGUAGAAGCUCAAAAGUCUGGGUCAGGGACAAGGGCAAAACAGUGAAAUUGAGGUAUAAAAUGCAUCUGAAAAGUUGCUAAAAUACUUGACAGAUCUGGGGUGAUUGUAGUGUGAAUUUAACAUAUUAAAUAAAAUCCCCAAAAUGUACCUUGAGGACAUAGAAAUGUCCUUCACCCAUCUAGGAAUAAUUAAGAAUGGAUUUAGCACACUAUAUUUUUUACCAAAAUAUCUACCUGCCUCUGCCUCAGUUUCGAAAUCAAGAUGUCAUUAUUCACAAACAAUAUUCGUAAGAAUAGUGGAGUAAAUGUUUUUCUGUAUCAGGAAAGCAAGAAGACCUGACUACAUCUGUCCUUGACAUACCUCCUAUCAGCCAACUAUUUUGACCCUUGGUUGCAGUGUGGAAGGUUUAGAGAAGGAAAGUAAACACACACAGACUUGAGAUUAACUUCUAAAUUAGUAUAUAUGUGCACAGUUAAAGUUUUAGGUUGUGUAUCAAUUGCAAAGAUAUUCCAAAAAUCUACCACCUGUAGGGUUCCACUCCACGUGGGGAUCAUGCGUUGUAAUGAACCGGAAGUGACAAGUACUUCCUAGUUCGAGACCGGCAAGAUGGCAGCGGACACGCAGGUUUCAGACACGCUGAAGAAAUUUGCUGUGAAAGUGACCACAGCCAGUGUAAGAGAGCGCAAAGAGGUCCUUGGCGAGUUGAAGCAGUGCAUUAGUGGCAAAGAGCUACCAGAGACAGCCAUUAAAGGGCUAUGCAAGCUCUUCUGUCUCACUCCACACAGAUACAGGGAUGCUGCAUCUCGACGAGCCCUCCUCUCAGUCAUUGGCCUAUUGGCCGAGUCUCAACCUGAAAUCCUAGCAACCAGCCUCCUCCACUGCCUCCUCAACAGUGGUGUUAUCAACAAAAAUGGAGCACCCAGUAAGAGUACAGGCUCGGCUGCCUUUACCGGGCUGGCCUGGACCUGCCUGCUAGUUCGCUCUGUGUUUUCGGCUCCAGAGAAAAGAGAGGGCCCCAUCUGGAAGAAACUGGUGGAGGUCCAGAGUUUGCUGCUGGCUGAGGUGGUGGGUGGGGCUCAAGCGCCAGCACUGAAGUCAACCCUGAAGAAUCUGAGCAACAUGUGGAAAAAGAACCCUGGCCUGGCUGAUCAGUAUAUAAGAACCAUUUUGAGUCUGGAACAGAACCCCAGCUCACUGGCUCUGCUUGGGGUGUGUCUGGACUUCUGCACAACUCACAAAGACAUGGCCACUGUAGAGAAACACAAGAGUGCCGUAUUGGACCUGUAUAUGAAGGCAGUCCUCAUGAGCAAGACUAGACCACACCAACACAUACUGGACAAGAGUGGUUCGCUGCUGCGGCAUGUUUCCCACUCUGAGUUCAAGGUGCUGCUGCUGCCUGCCCUGCAGAAGGCUAUGCUCCGCAGCCCAGAGAAUGCCAUGCAGACCGUCUCCUGUCUACUAGCUUCAGUGACACUUGACCUCAGUCAGUAUGCCAUGGAUAUUGGAAAAGGCAUUGCAAGCCAGCUGAAGGCUAAUAACCCCCAGCUGAUGGAGCAGGCAGUGCAGGCCAUGCAGAACCUGGCCAAGCAGUGUAGUGACCCAAGUGCUGUACAGGACGUCGUCACACACCUCUUCAGCAUCCUGGGAGGGUCAGAGGGGAAGCUCACAGCGUUUGGCCAGAAGAUGAGUGUGCUGUCAGGUAUCGGCAGCUGCAGCCGUCAUGCUGUGUCGGGCACCUCCAGCCAAAUGCUCAGCUCUGCAGUCGCUGUACUGUUUAUCCCUUAUCUGCAACAAGAAGUCCAUGAGGGUACCCUGGUGCACGCGGUGGCUGUUCUGUCUCAGUGGAGUGGGCGGCUCACAGUGGAGGUCCCCAAGGCUCUGCUGGAAUGGUUCAAGAAGGCCUUCACCCUCAAGACCUCCACCUCUCUUGUCCGCCACGCAUACCUGCAGGCCAUGCUGGGGGCUUUCAAAGGUGACACUCUGGGACAGGCGUCUGACCUCGUGCCCCUCCUCCUCCAGACAGUGGAGAAGGCUGCGGCCCAGAACUCCCAGCAUGCCCUGCUGUCAGAGGGUGUGGCUGCUGCCGUUCUCCUGAGUCGACUGUCUCUGCUGGAGACUCAGACAGAGGCCAAGUUGGCUGGCUUCUGGACCCUGAUCCUGGAUGAGAAGAAACCCUUAUUCACCACAGAGAAGUUCCUCUCCCAGGCCAGUGAGGAAGCUCUGUGCACAGUGAUACAGCUGUGUGAGAGACUUUUCCUGGACCACUCCCACAGACUCACCAAUGGCAAAUCACAGAUGUACCACCGCGCCACUGUGGCGGUGCUGCUGUCUCGUAGUUGGUGUGUGCGGAAGCGGGCACAGCAGAUCGUGAAGAAGCUGCUCACCCUGAGCGGCUCCGGCCUAGCCUACGGCCUUCUGGGAGAACUCAGAGUGGUCAUCAACAAACACAAGGUCUUGCCUCAGGAGGUGCUGCAGGCGGAGUCAGGGGAGUUGUCUGAGGUGGGCAAGGCCUACAGUCCCCCUCGCGUCCUGCUGGAAGCGCUGUGUGUGGUGUGCUCUGUAGCUGGCCAGUGGAGCGACCCGGCCGAGGCAGACAAGAUGGCCAUGGAGAUCCUCAUCGUUACCCACCAUCCCUCCAUAGUUGCAGCUCGACCCGGGCUGUGGUCUUACCUGCUGUCCAGCAUGAACAUCAAAGCCCAUGAGUUCAUCAACAAGAACCUGGAUGACAUUCUGCCACGGCUGCUGGAGGCCAACGCUGACAAUCAGGCUGUAAGGAAUGCGGUUGGUGCCCUGUCCGGUCUCUCUCCUAUCAAGCUGUUGCCGCGGGUGAUGGAGCGUGUGAAACAGUGGCUGUCCAAUCCGGCGCUGCGGCAGGUCACCAGAGAGGAGUACGCCAUCAUGCUCACCCCUGAGGGAGAGCUGUAUGACAAGAGCAUUAUCCAGAGUGCCCAGCAAGAGAGCACUAAGAAGGGCAACAUGAAGAGGGAGAACAAGGCCUACUCGUAUAAGGAACAGAUCAUAGAACUGGAGCUGCAGGAGGAGAUCAAGAAGAAGAAAGGAAUCAAAGACGAGUUGCAGCUGACCAGCAAACAGAAGGAGAUGAUGCAAGCCCAGCUGGAGAAAGAGUCCUCCAUUCGCAAGAGACUACAGGGGUUGGACAUGGAGCUGCGGUGUGCGGUGGGUCUGCUGGAGGCAACGUUGAUCCAGAAGCCUCCCCAGAUCUCCUGGCAGCUCCCAGGGGUCCUCCAGGUCCUACUGCCUCUCCUCCACUCCCCCUUGGCCGCCCCACGCCUGCAGCAGGCCUUCCUCGACAUAGGAGCCUGUCUCAUUUCCAAGGAGCUGCACUACCUGGCUGUGCUGGUGGGCCAGGUGACGCUGCGCCUGAUGAAACCUGAGUGUGAUCUGGACGAGGCCUGGGGACAGGAGGAUCUAGAUACAGCCACCCAGCGCACUGUCGGCCUGCUGCACAUGCACACUGUCCCACACAGAGAGGGCAAGGGUGGUGACAUGGCUCCACUGUCUGCCCCAGCCUUCUCCUUCUGUUUCCCCCUGCUCAACACCGUGCUCAGGGACUCCUCAGGCAGUACUGAGGAGACGGAGAGCAUGCAGGUCCGUGCCCUGCAGGUCAUCAAUGUGCACGCUCAACUCCGCGCCGAGGUUGACACUACAGAUAUACUCAUCGAUGAGAAUGGACCUGAGCUGUUACCUCGUUUCGGUAUGCUGCUGCUCCUGACCAGAGUCAUCUCCACUGCAGCACCCAGACUGCAGGUGCUGGCGUCCCAGUGUCUGACGGCGGUGUGUGCCAGUGGAGGAGGAGAGAAGGGCUGUGCUCUGGCUGAGCAGGAUGAGAUCGACGUCCUGCUGGAGGCUCUGCUCUCCCCCUGUUUCUCUGUCAGAGACGCUGCCCUCAGGGGCCUGACGGAGAUGGAGAUGGCUCUGCCUACAGAAAGUACAGAUGCCAGUGGUCUGAGUGUCCUCCGCAGGCUGUGGGUGUCCAGGUUUGAUGUGGAGGAGGAGGGAAGGACUCUGGCUGAGAAGCUGUGGCAGGCUCUGUGUCUGGAGCUAGUCCCUGAGCUGUGCUCUCUGCUCAUCGGGGACGUGACCCACCACGAGGAGGCUGUGCGUACUGCAGGUGCCGAGGCUCUGUCCAGCGCCAUCAGCGAGUACCGCGACCAGUCCCCCUUAGUCCUGGGCCAGCUCAAUGAGCUCUACCACCAGAAACUCUAUAGACCUCCUCCUGUCCUGGAUGCUUUAGGACGAGUCAUCUCUGAACAACCACCUGACCAGUGGGAAGCCAGGUGUGGCAUCGCUCUGGCUCUGAACAAGUUGUGUCAGUACCUGGAUGAGCCCCAGGUCACUCCUCUCUUCCUGUUCUUUGUUCCUGACGCCCUGAAUGACCGUCACCCUGAGGUACGGCGCUGCAUGCUGGACGCUGCCCUCUCCGCCCUCAACACACACGGAAAGGACAAUGUGAGCUCCCUGCUCCCGGUGUUUGAGGAGUUCCUGAAGGACGCCCCCCAGGACGCCAGCUACGACUCAGUCCGCCAGAGUGUGGUCAUCUUAAUGGGCUCUCUGGCCAAACAUCUGGACAAGAGUGACCCCAAGGUCAAACCCAUCGUGGCCAAGCUCAUCACUGCCCUUUCAACACCCUCACAGCAGGUCCAGGAGUCUGUGGCUAGCUGCCUGCCCCCUCUGGUCCCUGCCAUCAGGGAGGAUGCUGGGGGGAUGGUGCGGAAGCUGCUGCAGCUGCUGCUGGAGAGUGAUAAGUACGCGGAGAGGAAGGGCGCGGCCUAUGGCCUGGCAGGCCUGGUCAAAGGCCUGGGCAUUCUGGCCCUCAAACAGCAGGACAUCAUGAGCACCCUGACCGACGCCAUUCAGGACAAGAAGAACUUCAGACGCAGAGAGGGUGCUCUGUUUGCCUUUGAGAUGCUGUGCAACAUGCUGGGGAAGCUGUUUGAGCCCUACGUGGUCCACGUGCUGCCUCACCUCCUGCUCUGCUUCGGGGACGGGAACCAGUAUGUCAGAGAGGCGUCAGAUGACUGUGCCAAGGCGGUGAUGAGGAACUUGAGUGCCCAUGGGGUGAAGCUGGUGCUGCCCUCCCUGCUGGUGGCUCUUGAGGAGGAAUCCUGGAGGACAAAAGCAGGUUCUGUGGAACUUCUGGGGGCCAUGGCAUACUGUGCCCCUAAGCAGCUGUCCUCCUGCCUGCCCAGCAUUGUUCCCAAGCUGACCGAGGUGCUGACUGACUCCCAUGUCAAAGUGCAGAAUGCCGGCCAGCAGGCCCUACGACAGAUUGGCUCUGUCAUCCGCAACCCUGAGAUCCUGGCCAUAACCCCCAUCCUGCUGGACGCCCUCACUGACCCCUCCCGUAAGACCCAGAACUGCCUGCAGACGCUGCUGGACACCAAGUUUGUCCACUUCAUCGACGCCCCCUCCCUGGCCCUCAUCAUGCCCAUCGUUCAGAGGGCCUUCCAGGACCGCUCCACCGACACUCGCAAGAUGGCCGCUCAGAUCAUCGGCAACAUGUAUUCCCUCACCGACCAGAAGGACCUGUCCCCAUACCUGCCCAGUGUCAUUCCUGGACUCAAAGCCUCUCUGCUGGACCCUGUGCCUGAGGUGCGUACCGUGUCUGCCAAGGCCCUGGGUGCCAUGGUGAAGGGCAUGGGUGAGUCGUGCUUUGAUGACCUGCUUCCCUGGCUCAUGGAGACCCUGGCAUCUGAGCAGAGCUCUGUGGACCGCUCUGGAGCUGCCCAAGGUCUGGCUGAGGUGAUGGCUGGGCUGGGAGUGGAGAAGCUGGACAAGCUGAUGCCAGACGUGGUGCAGACGGCCAGCAAGGUGGACAUCGCCUCCCACGUCCGCGACGGUUACAUCAUGAUGUUCAUCUACCUUCCACUCACCUUCGGGGACAGGUUCACACCCUACGUUGGCCCCAUCAUCCCCUGCAUCCUCAAGGCUCUUGCUGAUGAGAAUGAAUAUGUGAGAGACACUGCCCUGCGUGCCGGCCAGCGCAUCAUCAGCAUGUACGCUGAGACGGCCAUCGCCCUGCUGCUGCCUGAACUGGAACAGGGCCUGUUUGACGACCUCUGGAGGAUUAGAUUCAGCUCUGUGCAGCUGCUGGGAGACCUACUGUUCCACAUUUCAGGAGUCACAGGCAAGAUGACCACUGAGACCGCUUCAGAGGACGAUAACUUUGGCACGGCGCAGUCCAACAAGGCUAUCAUCGGAGCGCUGGGUGGAGAGCGGCGUAACCGGGUCCUGUCUGGCCUCUAUAUGGGCCGUUCAGACACCCAGCUGGUGGUGCGACAGGCUUCCCUACACGUGUGGAAGAUUGUGGUGUCCAACACACCCCGCACCCUCCGGGAGAUCCUGCCCACCCUCUUCACUCUGUUGCUUGGCUUCCUGGCCUCCGACUGCCCCGACAAGAGAACGAUUGCUGCAAGGACACUUGGAGACCUGGUCCGUAAGCUGGGAGAGAAGAUCCUCCCAGAGAUCAUUCCUAUCCUGGAGGAGGGUCUGCGCUCCGAGAAGAGUGAUGAGAGGCAGGGCGUGUGCAUCGGUCUGAGUGAGAUCAUGAAGUCCACCAGCAGGGACGCGGUGCUGAUAUUCUCUGAGUCCCUGGUCCCCACCGUGAGGAAGGCUCUGUGUGACCCCCUGGAGGAGGUACGAGAGGCUGCAGCCAAAACCUUUGAGCAGCUCCACGCCACCAUCGGUCACCAGGCCCUGGACGACAUCCUGCCUGCCCUGCUCAAACAGUUGGAUGAUGAGGAGACUGCAGAGUUUGCUCUGGACGGUCUGAAACAGGUGAUGGCAGUGAAGAGUCGCUCUGUGCUGCCCUACCUGGUGCCGAAGCUCACUGCUCCUCCAGUGAACACGCGCGUGCUGGCCUUCCUGUCUGCUGUGGCUGGAGACGCUCUGACACGCCACCUGGGGGUCAUCCUGCCUGCCCUCUACUCCUCUCUGAAAGACAAGCUGGGAACAGAGGAGGGGCAGCAGGAGCUGGCCAGCUGCCAGGCAGUGAUCCUGUCUGUGGAAGAUGAGGUGGGUCAGCGUAUCAUCAUCGAGGACUUGCUAGAGGCCACCAGGUCACCGGAUGCCGGCCUCAGACAGGCCGCCGCCACCAUCCUAAAUGGAUACUUCUCCCGCACACGCCUGGAUUACAGUGCCCACACACGCAACCUGCUGUCAGGCCUCAUCCGCCUGCUCAACGACUCCAACCCUGAGGUCCUGGUGCAGAGCUGGGACGCCAUCAACUCCAUCACCAAGAAACUGGACGCUGGCAGCCAGCUGGCUCUGAUUGACGACCUGCACAGAGACAUCCGGUCAGUGGCAGUAGACGUUAAGGGUCAGCACCUGCCUGGGUUCUGUCUUCCCAAAAAGGGUGUGACCUGCAUCCUGCCAGUGUUGAGGGAAGGAGUGUUGACAGGCAGUCCUGAGCAGAAAGAGGAGGCGGCCAAAGCGCUGGGAGGAGUCAUCAAGCUGACCUCCUCUGAGGCUCUGCGACCGUCUGUGGUCAACAUCACUGGACCGCUCAUCCGUAUCCUGGGAGACCGCUUUGCCUGGAGCGUGAAGACCUCUCUGCUAGAGACACUCACCCUGCUGCUGGCCAAGGUAGGCAUAGCCCUGAAGCCCUUCCUGCCCCAGCUCCAGACCACCUUCCUGAAAGCUCUGCAGGACUCUAGCCGGGCGGUCAGGCUGAAGGCUGCUGAGGCCCUGGGCCAGCUGGUCUCCAUCCACAGCAAGGUGGACCCCCUAUUUACAGAGCAGCUCUCUGCCAUCCACAAUGCUGAGGACUCAGGAGUCAGGGAGACCAUGCUACAAGCCUUACGAUUUGUCAUCCAGGGAGCAGGGUCAAAGGUUGACCCAGCCAUCAGGAAAAACAUCACCACCACAUUGCUGAGUAUGCUGGGUCAUGAUGAGGAUGCUACACGCAUGUCCUCAGCAGGUUGUUUAGGAGAGCUGUGUGCCUUCCUGUCUGAAGAGGAUCUGAGGAGUGUGUUGCUCCAGCAUGUCCUGGCUGACAUAUCAGGAGUGGACUGGAUGGUGCGUCAUGGUCGCAGUAUGACUCUGGCCAUUGCAAUCAAGUCUGCCCCUGAGCAGCUGUGUGUGGAGGAGUACAGUUCAACCGUGACGGAGGCCAUCCUGGCCAGUGCCACCGCAGACAGGAUCCCCAUAGCUACCAGUGGGAUCAGAGCCAUGGGCUACCUGAUGAGACAUCAUCUCAGAACCGAGGAAGGAAGUGGCUCAUCACAGCGCAUCAUCUCACAGUUUGUGAAGUGUCUCCAGAACCAGUCCAGUGACAUCAGGCUGGUGUCGGAGCGGGUGCUGUGGUGGGUGUUUAAAGACGAGGCCACGCCCUCCCUGGAGCCCGCCCUCAUCAAGCCGCUGGUGAAGAGCCUGCUGGACAACACCAAGGACAAGAACACCAGCGUCAGAGCCCAGAGCGAACACACUAUUGUCAGCCUGCUCCGACUGCGUCAGGGAGAGCAGACCAUGCAAAGCGUCAGUGCCAUUCUUGACUCCGCUAGUAAUGAGCUGCUGUCUGACUGUCACCGCCGCUCCCUGAAGAAGAUCUCCAGCCUUCCAGACUCUAACGAAGAGAUUGACGACACCAUCCUCACGUGAUGGACAGGAUUUAACCCCGUUUUAAAAAAUCCAUACUGUUGCUCUUGUACUCAGAAAAGACCUCAACAGCAAUCAAGAGAACCUUAGCUGUUAUGUCUAACAAAUACAUACAGCUAUGGAGAGAACCCUCACACACGCAUACAUCCCAAAUAACUCCAUGUUAUCCAUGGACCAAGGAUGAGUAUGAACACUCACUUUCCUUCAUAUUCCCACUCUUUGGACAAUUUCAUUUCUUGUUUAAGUGGCUCUAUAAACAUUUAUAACAUUGGUUCUCUCUCACAAAGUGUAGGUAAAAGUCCUGUUAGCUCACUGCAUAAAGAAAGUCAUUUGUGCCAAUUCCCCUUUGACAUUUAAAUGUGUAUUCAAUGUCCCUCUUAUUUUAUUGAAUUUAUUUAGAGCGUCACUGACACCAGUAACAAAGCAGCAAUUCAAUUUAUACCCCUGCCUUUCCUCUGUUUUAUCCCUCUUUGCUUUUGUGUGUGUGAGAGUUGUGUGGGGAAAGCAACCAGUUAUCUUUAGGAUAAAGUUGAUAUUCUUAUCAAUAUUAGUUGUAAAAAGAAAUCAAAUAAAACUGAUUUUAUAAUGGUUGACAA